UUGACAACAAAAUGCUCUGUAUGGCUAGAAUCCUGCCUCACAAUUAAUGCAGUGGGUAACCUUAGCCAGGGUGGCUCAUCUAAUACAUUUAUUGUGCCACAGGCUCUGUCUUUCAGUGUCUGGUUUUGUAGAAGGCAGGUCACAAUGCUGAGGUUUAAUACAGGGACUUUAGCACUGGGAAAGCACAAGAAAGGCAAUGAAAUGUGGGAGAAAUGGGAUGAAUCACCAGAUGAAGAGGAGAGGACCAGCUUUCUCAAUCAGCUCCUCCGUGACAGAGUACUUCAUGGCACGGAGGAUACUGGAAAAUCCCUCCUCCACAGGCUGAUCUUUCUGGCCAAGAUCUCACCAGACCUGGCUGAUAAAAGGUAUUUGGCUGAGUACUGGGAACAACUAUUUUUGAAUUUGCAGCGCCACUCUUAUCAGGGAGUGGGUGUCACAGGCCUUUUGCUUCUCUACCCCACCUACAUUAUACACAUACUGGAGUCAUCCAGUGAUGUACUCUACUCUGUCCUGCGGGAUUUGAGGGACAUGGAGCAGCAGAAGAGAGUGCUAGUCCUGGAUGCCAAGAUCCUGGUAAUGUCCCACAAUCUCCCUGCUCGACUCUUCCAACAGUGGAACUAUAAAGUGUUGAACCUACCUGAGAGAUAUCUGAACUAUGAGACUCCUCUUGAGGAGCCAGUGGAGGCUACCAUCUGUGAAUGCCUCACUGCACUCUUGAGACUGGGCAAACAUCUGCUGAAGUAUCCCAAGAACUUGCCAGAUGACUUCUUGGAAGAAGUCCCAGAGUUCAUUGUUUCCCAAGACACCAUUGGCUUCCUCCUGGAAUGUCAAGAGUUAUUGAGUCCAGCUCAGUUCCUACAUCUAUUUGAGUUGCCUCCGAACAUCCAGAUGGACUCAGGCUUUGUGUUUCGAAGUGAUAAUCCAACAUCUGUUUAAGUUCUUCGUAGCCUGCAGGAAGAGACCAUGUUUUCUUUGUCAGAUCGGUUAAAACUCCAUCUCGAUUGGGCUGCUGUGAAGGAGUCCUACAAGAAAGAAAC